UCUUCAAGUCGAGUUGGUGUAUUUAGUUGAUUUUAAAUUUUGCACAGUAAAAGCAGUGAAAAAGUCUGAAAAUAUCGGUCCCAACAAUGAUUCUUUGCUGAUAAAGAUAGGUUUUAGCGGAAUCGAAAGCAGUUUUGCCUGUGCCUAGCGGAAUCUGGUCGUAGACAGCUUAAAGUUGUGGAAGGCCUGCUCCCAACUAGAAUUCGAAAGCUGCAUCCCAUCAAGUGCCAGCAAAUAGCUGAACAAUCUGCAGUGAAAAUAAAGAUGGCCUUUUCUAGCCACAUCAGCGAUAUCGUCAAUCUCAAUGUCGGCGGUACCAGAUUCUCCACCUCCCGACAAACGCUGACCUGGGUACCGGACACGUUUUUCACCUCGCUGCUAAACUCCGAACGCAAUGGACGUAUUUCGAGUCUCCGCGACGAAACAGAUGCAAUUUUUAUCGAUCGUGAUCCGAAACUGUUUUCCAUCAUUCUGAACUAUUUGCGCACCAAGGAGAUUGACAUCCGAUCCUGCGAUAUUCGGGUGUUGCGACACGAGGCGGAAUUCUACAACAUAUCACCAUUGAUAAAGCGGUUGAUGCUUUGCGAGGAAAUGGAUCAAUCGAGCUGCGGGGAUGUGUUGUUCUAUGGAUAUCUACCGGCUCCAAAUAUACCCAUCCACGAAGCAGUUCUUACGACAUCAUCCAACAGCUCUGUUAGCGGUGUAACAGCUUCUAAUCCUUCUUCUGGUAACACAGCUCAAAACAAAACACAACCAGAGACGGCGACCCCCGUUAAUCAGUACGCCCAACCUGGUACAUCAGCGGCAGGACCAUCGGCAAGUUCUACAUCAGGAAUAUGUCAUACUUCAUCGAAUCCUCGACCAGGCUCAAUGGUUCGCGUACCGGAGUAUUAUCAAAGCUCCGGUUCUUCCGGCAGCAGUGGACGGGGUCAUUCGCGUAACUCAUCUUGGGACUUACGGGUGUCUUACAAUGGUAACGGACGCAAUUCCCAAUGGGCACCAGGACAUUCCCGAACUGCUUCGCUAGAUAUGAUGCGACAUCAUUCACGGAACUCGUCUGUUGAUCUGAAUAAAUACAUUCGAAACGAUGUCGGGUUGAUUUUCGGACAAACUCAAGCGUCCGGAUGGUCCGAUCCUUUGCAAGUGCAAAUCAUUAAGGCCCAUCACAACUGGAUCGCCGUUGCCUAUGCACAUUUUGUGACAUGUUACCGCUUGAAAGACUACUGUGGCUGGCAGCAGAUCUUUGUUUCGCCCUACGUUGAACACACGAUCGAGAGGAUAGCAAUCAAUGCUAAGAUGAGCCUGGCUAGUUCCGUGGGAGAGCAAUCGCACAGCAAAAUGGUAGCAAUCUCGUACGGCAGCCAAGUUCGGCUUUGGGGAAUCUCAGAGGAUGGAAGCAAAAGUGAUGUAGGCAUUUUCAACCUUCACGUUCGGGUGGAGUAUUUAUUUUUUAUCGGUAAUCAACUGGUUGCUCUUUCGUCGUCCGGCAAGAUUGGCGUCUGGCACGCAAUGACCCAGCAUUGGCAGAUACAAGAUUUAGUGCCGAUUCUCUCAUUCGAUACAGCCGGAUCGUUUUUGCUGCUGGGUUGCAAUAAUGGAUCAAUUUACUAUAUAGAUAUGCAAAAAUUCCCCUUGAGAAUGAAAGAUAAUGAUUUAUUAGUGACUGAACUGUACAAAGAUCCUUCCAAUGAUUCAAUCACCGCUAUUUCGGUUUAUUUGACACCGAAAACUACAACACCAGGAUCAAAGGAAGGUCUCUCUGGCAAUUGGAUUGAAAUAGCUUACGGCACCAAAUGCGGAUCGGUGCGAAUCAUAGUGCAGCAUCCGGAAACAGUCGGUCAUGGACCGCAGCUAUUCCAAACAUUUACGGUACAUCAAAGCCCGGUCACAAAGGUGACACUGUCGGAGAAAUUUCUGAUCUCGGUAUGCAGUGAGUACAAUCACGUGCGAACGUGGCAAGUAACCCGAUUCCGUGGUAUGAUUUCCACCCAACCAGGUUCAACUCCGGAAGCUUCAUUCAAGAUUGUAUCACUGGAAGCGGUCGAUUCUACGUACAGCUACUCAGCUGGCAAUGACUUUGGGCCAUUCGGUGAGCAGGACGACGAACAAAUGUUCGUACAAAAAGUGGUUCCGGAUACCGAUCAGCUGUACGUUCGACUGGCCUCGAACGGGGAGAGAGUGUGUCUCAUAAGGUCAAUCGAUGGAACCACCAUCACUUCAUUCUGCGUACAUGAAUGCGAAGGUUCCGCUCGAAUGGGUUCUCGACCGCGACGAUUUGUCUUUUCCGGUCACUCCGGUGGAGCAAUCCAGAUGUGGGAUCUUACCACAGCCUUGGAAAUAUUUAAAAAGAAAGACCAGCAGAAGAAAAUUGUUGGUGGUCCGACGGCGGAUGAAUUAAUCCGAUUGCUGGACCAAUGCGAUCUGAGUAAUAGCCACUGUUCGACACCGUGUAUGUCCCCAUGUCCGUCGGCCCUUUCUUCCAGUGGAGCCACCGUAGCUAGACUGAAACCAUUCAAUGUGGCGUUUUUGAAUCAAUCUGCCGCAGCAGCUGCCGGACCUAGUGGUGCUGCUGGGGUAAAUCCGGAACAACCGAACUGAUUGACGUCCAGACGACGAAAAGGUAUUUGAAAUUGGUUGUGCUGCCAGUUGCAACAUUUACGAAAUUGAGGUGUAUUGAAAUUCAACGUUUGAGGAGCGCCGUGGAAGGCGAAGGUAUAUGGAAAUAGUUGUAAACAAAUCUGUAAAUGUGAUUUUAUCCCUUAAAUGAUGAACUAACAUUUUUAUCUCUCGUUUCACUUUGAGCAAUGCCAAUUCUCUAGGAGUUAGUCGUUUUAAUUUUGCACUCAAUAUGCAUUCGAAAUAAAAAAAAACUAUUUAUCAUUAUGCUAUCGCGUUAUCUAUUCAAGUUGAAUCCUAUUCGAGCAAGUAAAGAGAAACCUAUAUUUUUAAUAAAAUAUUUAAAACAAAAA